AAUAGUUAUAUAUAAACACACAUACGCUAGAUACUUUUUGCAAGUUUUUAUCGAUGUCUGAAAAUUAUAUUAUUACAUUCACUUAUGGCAUCUGCAAAGCCAACCACGUGCAAAGAGGCUAUACGGCGAUGGGAAGAAGAAACUGGGCAUGAAGCAGCUACGGCGACAGAAGUAAUUUUAAGUUUUCAGUGGCCACCGAUAGAAAAGAUGGAUAAUGCAUUAGCAGUUUUGGCUAAUUGUGAGAAACUCUCUCUAUCGACAAAUAUGAUUGAAAAAAUUGCAGGCAUUGGCAGUUUAAAAAGUUUAAAGAUUAUAUCAUUAGGUCGUAAUUUAAUCAAAGGUUUCGCUGGUUUUGAAGCUCUAGGUGAUACUCUUGUGGAAAUUUGGAUUUCUUACAAUUGCAUCGAGAAAAUGAAAGGCAUUCAAGCAAUGAAAAAUCUUCGUGUCCUUUAUAUGUCUAAUAAUUUGGUGCGAGAAUGGAACGAAUUUGCUAGAUUACAAGAACUUCCAAAUCUUCAAGAUCUGGUAUUCGUCGGCAACCCAUUGUAUGAAAAUCACGAGGUAGAGCAAUGGAGAAUCGAGGUUGCGCGGCGUUUACCAAGUUUGGAGAAACUUGAUGGUGAACCUAUAAUACGGACAGAAGAAAAUCCAAUCUCGAUUCAAUCAGUCAAAGCUGAUAGUCCAUCGCAUGAAUUGCUCGAACCUGGCUAAUUUUUUGACAGCAUAUUUUAUCUUUUAUGUUUCUUA